AGGAAUCGCAGCAGGAUAAUUACAAGCCCCUGAUGGAGCUCACAGCUUCGGUGUUAACUAACACCCGCUCGCCGUGGCUGAGGGGGGCAGGACUCAUUCCAGAACUAUUAAUAUAGCCCCUAUUUAUACUCGCGGGUCCCUGCAAGCAGCACAGCAGAGCUACAGCUGCAGAGCUAAAAUGGAAUCAAUGUCAGCCCCCAAGGAGAAAGUGAUUCUCUCGGCCAUCUGAGGGGAAGGAGACGGUGAAAGGACAGAACAAGGCCGGUUUCAGACCUGAGAGCGGGGGUGAGCUGCUCGCGGCACCCUGAGAUCCCAGCUGGUGGCAGAGUCAGCCAGAAACCUCCCUUCAGCCAGCAAGUCUGUGCUGAGGCUGCCAGGAACGCAGCAGAAACGCUGCCCAGCGUCAGCACAGCACCCACAGUGCCGGUGGAGACAAGGCGGGGACUGGAGCUGCUGCUGCACUGAUCCAGUACCUGGUGUGACUCAGGACAAAAGAGCAGAAGCCUAAAAAGAGGUUUAGGGAGGGCUUUGGGAGCACCGUCUGCUGGGCUGUAAACAAGAUGGAGAGCACAGGAGGGCCGUAUCUGAACACUGCUGCAGUGACAUCCCCUGUGGGAAUAGCUCGCUUGCUGCAGAUGAUGUUUGGAUGCACCACAUUCAGCCUGGUAGCCCACCAGGGCGGCUUCAGUGCCGCGUAUGGCACUUUCUGCAUGUUUGUCUGGACCUUCUGUUUUGCCGUCACCGUCUUCAUCAUCACCUGUGAAUUCACGCACCUCCACAGCUGCCUCAGCAUCUCCUGGGGAAACUUCACUGCCGCUUUCGCCAUGCUCGCCACACUCAUGUCCGUCACGGCUGCGGUGAUCUACCCGCUCUACUUCGUCCAGCUUGACUGUUACCCCAUCAGCUGUGAGGUGAGAGACUUCCGCAUCGCCGCCAGCAUCUUCGCAGCCCUCCUGUUCCUUGUGUACGCUGCCGAGGUGUUCUUAACCCGGGCGAAACCGGGGCAAGUCACCAGCUACAUGGCCACGGUCUCCGGGCUCCUGAAAAUUGUGCAGGCCUUCGUGGCCUGCAUCAUCUUCGGGGCGCUGGUGAACGACAGCCAGUAUGGCAAGUACGUGGCGACGCAGUGGUGUGUGGCCGUCUACAGCUUCUGCUUCGUGGUGACAGUGGUGGUCGUGGCCUUCAGUGUUACAGGUAAGACCACCUUGCUGUGGUUCCCCUUCGAGCGCUCUGUGGUCAUCUACACCCUGGGGGCCGUGCUGCUGUACGUGAGCGCAGCCGUCAUCUGGCCCGUGUUCUGCUUCGACAGCAAGUACGGCUCCGCGCAACGCCCCGGCUCCUGCGCCAAGGGCCGGUGCCCAUGGGACAGCCAGCUGGUCGUCGCCAUCUUCACCUACGUGAACCUGCUGCUCUAUGUCGUGGACCUGGCGUACUCGCAGCGCAUCCGCUUUGUCCCGCACCUCUGAAGCGUGGGGCUGGUGCUGGGAGCAGCAGCAGCCGGGGGUGGGCAGGA